AUGUGCAACAUGAGCGGCCCCCUGCUUAUGAGUACCCCUCGCUCUUCUAUUUCCCCACCCCUAUCCACCACCAGCAGCACCACCCUUGUCGACGCAGGCACCCAAACCAAUAAUUAUUGGGUCGAGUCCCGGCACGGAACUCCCGGCGCCGAAAAUGUCAUCUAUUACGUGCAUUUCCCUAUCCAGGGACGCAGGCAGGAUCAUAUGGCCUACCAGGAUGUUCUGUGGUUCCUUCAUCGCGAUCUCGUGGCGAAUGACUUUGUGCUGUAUCGGGAUGUGGCCCGGUGUCCUCGCAGCGGCGCGAUGCUGAUGGUGGAGAAUUAUCAGACUGAGGAGGUGCGGCAGGUGGCUCAGCGUGCUGUUCAUGAAAAAAUGCGGUUGCACGGGAUGGCUUGUUUUUGUCCUAGGGAGAAUGAGGCGAAUGGUGGAGUGAACUGUCUGUUGUCGAAUGGAUUAGUGGUCGGUGUUCCGAGGGACGAGGUGACAGGUGUCUUGCCUAAUGAAGUUAACGGCCACGAGGGCAGCCAGUAUCUUGAGAAAAAACAAAGCGUGGACGAGAGCAGCAGCAGUGACAGCGACGGAGAUGAUGACGAUGCUGCGGCGGCGGCCCAGCUUCAGGAUGAUGUGCAAGCGGCAGCAGAUGAAGCGUCGUCAUAUGCUUCAGAUACCGAUUUUUAUGAUUCAAUUUCUGAGGAAAGGUCCGAGUCCGCUCCCCCGGAUGAUGAAACUAAUUAUCUGUUGUGUCCGUACGUCUGCUAA